UGACUAAGACGCGCUCUUAUCGCGCUAUCGAACCGGCCGCCCGCGCAUUUCGACGCCAUCACCAUCGCCCACUUCCAUCCAUAUCUUUACCAUGAACGACCUGGCCCGAUCACGCUGGGCUCCUAGUCCCGGCGAGAUCUCACUGGCACCCUCCCCUGCCACUACCAGCUAUGUCCCCCCGAAUCGCACGCCAUACCGCCCCGCCAACCACACCACCCGCCCCAGCCGCACCCCCUCACCCACCAAGCGCCCACACUCCUCCGCGUCCGACGAUCUCUCCCGCUUCAUGAAGAUUGUCGCCCGUCUCAAAUGGAAGCUCCCCUUCCUCGCCGAAGGCUACCGCCUCGCCACGCUCGACCCCUCCACGAGCGACACCGACGUCAGCCACGCUGAGAUCAUGUUCAAGAUCGAUUUUCACGAAUACUACGCGCUGCUCGAGCGCGCCAUCGUGCAUCUGCUGGGGAUUUUCGGAACGACCGUUACGUCGGCAUUUGGACAAGCCCAUCUCCCACAACCCGGAGUGACGCCGCUCUCGAGUCAUCGAUAUCAUGCCAAUGUGCUGGAAGCGCUGCAGGACCCAUCAUGUCCCCUCUACCCCGUUCUCGGACAAGGCGAUGUGCACGAACAGCUACACCGGGCGAAGGAGCUGCGCAAUCGAUGGAAAACAGCAGAUAUGACGAAGAAGGAACGCGAACGGGAUCGGUGGGCGACAGCCCGGCGGAAGGAGAAGGUGAUGCCGUUGGCGAGUUAUAAUUUCGAGGUGAUCCUGGCGACGAUAUUCCAAGGGUUGGAAGAUGCAUAUCUGCUUGCGAAGCAGCACGUCGUGGAGAGUCAAGGGGCGGGAGCGGACGAGCGAGGGUAUCACGAUGCCGACUGGGACUUCAUUGUCGAUGCGAUGGAUUGGGAGGCUGUGUAGGGGUUUCGUAUUGGUUUUAGCGGUUAUAUUGCAUGGUUGGCGUCUGGGUGGGUGGUUGCUUGGUUUUUGAUAAAAGGUUAUAUUCUCUCUUUUUGGGUGGAGCAUAUCGGCGGUCUGGUUAGAUCGGGUCUGGAUUGGUUGCUGCGUGAUGCGAAGAUUGUAGUCGCUUCAAGUUGUGUGGAGACUCGUAUACAAUUUUUCGUUCGCUUCAUAUAUACGAGGCCGCAGGUCUGGUUGCAUCAUUUUCACUGAAAGCCAACAUAUUUACAAGUUA